AUGGAGGGUGGGGGUAGUUUUAGGAUUGAUAGUUCAUCAUUUUGGAGGAAUAGUGAUGCUGAGGAGAUCUUCUCUAACUCUUUCCACCGAGAGGAUGAUGAAGAAGCUCUCAAAUGGGCUGCCAUUCAGAAACUUCCUACUGUUGCGCGCAUGAGGAAAGGUUUGUUUACUUCACCUGAAGGGGAAACCACAGAGAUCAAUAUACAGGAACUUGGGUUGCAAGAAAGGAGAGCUUUGCUUGAAAGACUUGUGAGAAUUGCUGAAGAGGACAAUGAGAAGUUUUUGCUGAAGCUGAGGGAUCGAAUUAAUAGAGUUGGAAUUGAUCUUCCUACAAUAGAGGUUCGAUUUGAGCACUUGAACAUCGAAGCAGAAGCUCAUGUUGGAAGCAGAGCUUUGCCUACCUUCACCAACUUCAUGGUUAAUAUAGUGGAUGGCCUGUUGCACUCCCUUCAUAUACUUCAAAGUAGAAAACAACAUAUAAAUAUUCUCGAGGAUGUUAGUGGAAUAAUAAAGCCUGCCAGAAUGACAUUGCUUUUGGGUCCUCCAAGUUCUGGAAAAACCACACUCCUAUUGGCCUUGGCUGGAAAACUUGAUUCAAAAUUGAAGUUCUCUGGAAAGGUGACUUAUAACGGUCAUGAGAUGAAUGAGUUUGUACCCCAAAGAACUGCUGCUUAUGUCAAUCAAAAUGAUCUUCAUAUUGGAGAAAUGACGGUCAGAGAAACCUUGGCCUUUUCAGCAAGAGUCCAAGGAGUUGGGCCUCGUUAUGACUUGCUAGCAGAAUUGUCAAGAAGAGAAAAAGAGGCAAAUAUCAAGCCUGAUCCAGAUGUUGAUGUCUACAUGAAGGCGGUAGCAACUGAAGGCCAGAAGGCAAAUUUGAUAACAGAUUAUGUCCUAAGGGUUUUGGGACUAGAGGUCUGCGCUGAUACUGUUGUAGGAAAUGCAAUGUUAAGAGGUAUCUCUGGUGGACAAAGGAAACGCGUUACAACAGGUGAAAUGCUAGUUGGACCAGCUAAAGCUCUUUUCAUGGAUGAGAUAUCUACUGGUUUGGAUAGCUCAACAACUUUUCAAAUUGUGAAUUCACUAAAGCAAUAUGUCCACAUUCUCAAAGGAACCGCAGUUAUCUCACUCCUGCAGCCACCACCAGAGACUUACAAUCUUUUUGAUGACAUUAUUCUACUCUCUGAUAGUCACGUUGUGUACCAAGGUCCCCGUGAGCAUGUGCUUGAAUUUUUUGCUUCAAUGGGUUUUAAAUGUCCUAAUAGGAAAGGUGUGGCAGACUUUUUGCAAGAAGUGACAUCAAGGAAAGAUCAAGAGCAGUACUGGAUACACAAAGAUCAACCUUAUAGAUUUGUCACAGCCAGAGAGUUUUCUGAAGCCCUUCAGACAUUCCAUGUUGGAAGAAACCUUGAGGAGGAACUUGCCACUGAAUUUGACAAGUCUAAAAGCCACCCAGCUGCUUUGACCACCAAAAAGUAUGGAGUGGGAAAAUGGGAAUUGUUAAAAGCUUGCUUAUCAAGAGAAUAUUUACUUAUGAAGCGCAAUUCAUUUGUCUACAUCUUCAAGUUUUGCCAACUUGCGGUAUUGGCAAUUAUUGCCAUGACUAUUUUCCUCCGAACUGAGAUGCACAGAGAUUCUGUGACUCACGGAGGUAUAUAUGCGGGUGCAUUGUUCUAUGCCGUUGUUGUGAUUAUGUUCAAUGGGAUGGCUGAGCUCUCCAUGGUGGUUUCAAGGCUUCCUGUGUUCUACAAGCAAAGGGAAAAUCUCUUCUUUCCUCCAUGGGCAUUUGGUCUUCCUGCAUGGAUCCUAAAAAUCCCCAUGACCAUUGUGGAAGUGGGGGUUUGGGUAUUCCUUACCUACUAUGUCAUUGGUUUUGAUCCAUAUGUUGGAAGAUUUUUUCGGCAAUACCUUCUUCUAGUACUAGUAAACCAGAUGGCUUCUUCAUUAUUCCGAUUCAUUGCAGCAGUUGGGAGGGAAAUGACAGUGGCUUUAACAUUUGGGUCUUUUGCAUUGGCCAUCCUUUUUGCUAUGAGUGGUUUUGUCCUAUCAAAAGACAAUAUAAAAAAAUGGUGGCUAUGGGGCUUCUGGAUAUCACCUAUGAUGUAUGCACAGAAUGCCAUGGUAAAUAAUGAGUUCCUUGGGAAGAAAUGGACACAAGUUCUUCCUAACUCAACGGAACCACUAGGAGUUGAAGUUUUGAAAUCCCGUGGGUUCUUCACUCAGUCAUACUGGUACUGGAUAGGUGUUGGAGCUAUGAUUGGAUAUACAUUACUUUUCAACUUUGGCUACAUCCUUGCUCUCACUCACUUGAAUCCACUCGGGAAGCAUCAAGCUGUUAUAUCAGAGGAACCUCAAAACAAUGAGCAGAAUGGUAGUAGUAAAAAAGGAACUAACAUUUUGAAGCACAAAAAUAGAGGUACUUCAUCUCAUAGAAGCACCUCUUCUCGCACUUCAUCCACCAGGCAAGAACCAGUUGCUGCAGAGGAAAAUCAUAACAGAAAAAGAGGAAUGGUUCUUCCUUUUGAACCACAAUCCAUCAGCUUCGAUGAAGUAACAUAUUCCGUCGACAUGCCACAGGAAAUGAGGAACCGAGGUGUUCUUGAGGAUAAAUUGGUUCUUUUGAAGGGUGUCAGUGGAUCUUUUAGGCCAGGUGUUCUUACUGCUCUAAUGGGUGUCACUGGUGCUGGCAAAACAACUCUGAUGGAUGUGCUUGCUGGUAGAAAAACUGGGGGGUAUAUUGGGGGGAACAUCACAAUCUCUGGGUAUCCAAAGAAGCAAGAAACAUUUGCAAGGAUUUCUGGGUACUGUGAGCAAAACGAUAUCCACUCUCCUCAUGUUACUGUGUAUGAAUCCUUGCUCUAUUCAGCAUGGCUCCGAUUAUCCCCAGACAUCAAGGCAGAAACCAGGAAGAUGUUCAUUGAGGAAGUCAUGGAACUAGUGGAACUGAAACCACUAAGGCGUGCAUUAGUUGGAUUGCCUGGUGUUAAUGGUCUGUCAACAGAGCAACGCAAAAGGUUGACUAUUGCAGUUGAACUUGUGGCAAAUCCUUCUAUAAUAUUCAUGGAUGAGCCAACUUCAGGGCUAGAUGCAAGAGCUGCUGCUAUUGUUAUGAGAACAAUUAGGAACACAGUAGACACUGGAAGAACAGUUGUCUGCACCAUCCAUCAACCUAGCAUUGACAUAUUUGAAUCUUUUGAUGAGUUAUUGCUAUUGAAGCAAGGAGGGCAAGAGAUAUAUGUGGGGCCACUUGGAUAUCAUUCUUCCCAUUUAAUUAGUUACUUUGAGGGAAUCGAAGGUGUCAGUAAGAUUAAAGAUGGCUAUAAUCCGGCAACAUGGAUGUUGGAAGUCACAACUUCAGCAAAAGAAAUGGAAUUGGGGCUUGAUUUUGCGGAGGUGUACAAAAAUUCAGAGUUAUACAGGAGGAACAAAGCACUUAUUACUGAAGCGAGUACUCCAGCUCCUGGUUCAAAAGACCUUUAUUUUCCUUCACAGUACUCAAGAUCAUUUUUGACCCAAUGCAUAGCUUGCUUAUGGAAACAACAUUGGUCUUACUGGCGCAAUCCUCUAUACACUGCCGUAAGAUUUCUUUACUCAACCGCUGUAGCAGUUUUGCUUGGGAGCAUGUUUUGGAACCUUGGCUCCAAAUUUGAAAAGCAACAAGAUCUUUUUAAUGCCAUGGGCUCAAUGUAUGCUGCUGUUCUCCUUAUUGGUAUUAAGAAUGCUAAUGCAGUGCAGCCAACGGUUGCUGUUGAACGAACAGUCUUUUAUAGGGAAAAAGCAGCAGGAAUGUAUUCAGCCUUGCCAUAUGCUUUUGCUCAGGUUCUAAUUGAGAUACCAUAUGUUCUUGUACAAGCUGUGGUAUAUGGCAUUAUAGUUUAUGCAAUGAUUGGUUUUGAGUGGACUGUGGCUAAAGUUUUCUGGUACCUAUUCUUCAUGUAUUUCACAUUCCUAUACUUCACCUACUAUGGCAUGAUGGCAGUGGCAGUGACCCCAAACCAACACAUUUCCACUAUAGUUUCCUCUGCAUUCUUUGCAGUAUGGAAUCUCUUCUCAGGAUUCAUAGUUCCACGACCGAGAAUCCCAGUAUGGUGGAGGUGGUACAGUUGGGCAAAUCCAGUGGCUUGGAGUUUAUAUGGAUUGGUUGCUUCACAGUAUGGAGACAUAAAGCAAAGCAUUGAUACCAAUGACGGAAGGGCAACAGUGCAAGACUUUGUGAGACGUUACUUAGGUUUUAAGCAUGAUUUUCUGGGAGUGGUUGCAGCAGUGAUUGUUGCAUUCCCAGUAGUUUUUGCAGUGGUCUUUGCCAUAUCAGUGAAGAUGCUUAAUUUCCAACGACGUUAA